GUUUUUGUGUGGCUCGCCGGGGCUGGCGGCGGCAGCGGUAGCGGCGUCGGUGGAGGAGGGGACGAGGCGACGAGCGGCUGCCGCCCGGCGCUCGACGCUGCGGAGCGAGCCCACCCGCCCCGGGAGCUCGCCUCCCCGGUGCUCCCGCUCCCUCCCCGCCCCCCCCCCGCGGCGCUGCCUCCUCCAAAUGAGCGAUUCGCCCGCUGGAUCUAACCCAAGGACACCCGAGAGCAGCGGCGGCGGGAAGAGGCCGGCAGUGCCGGCGGCGGUGUCCCUCUUGCCACCGGCGGACCCCCUGCGCCAGGCGAACCGGCUCCCCAUCAGGGUCCUGAAGAUGCUGAGCGCUCACACCGGCCACCUCCUGCACCCGGAGUACCUGCAGCCACUGUCCUCCACGCCGGUCAGCCCCAUUGAGCUGGACGCCAAGAAGAGCCCAUUGGCGCUACUGGCCCAGACCUGCUCGCAGAUCGGCAAGCCCGACCCGCCUCCCUCGUCCAAGCUCAACUCGGUGGCGGCGACGGCAGCCAACGGGCUGGGAACGGAGAAGGACCCGGGCCGCCCCGCCCCAGGUGCCGCGUCCGCAUCCGCGGCCCUCAAGCAGCUGGGGGACCCCCCGGCCGAGGACAAGUCCAGCUUCAAGCCCUACUCCAAGGGCUCCGUGGGCGGCGACGCCCGCAAAGACAGCGGUUCCUCCUCGGUGUCCUCAACCUCGUCCUCAUCCUCGUCCCCGGGAGACAAGGCAGGCUUCAGGGUCCCCAGCGCCGCCUGCCAGCCCUUCCCCUCGCAUGGAGCGCCCGUGUCGGCCUCGUCCUCACCUGGUGGCUCCCGCGGAGGUUCCCCACACCACACUGACUGCAAGAACGGUGGCGCAGGCGGCGGCGGCGCGGAGCCGGACAAGAAAGACCCGGAGCCGAAGCCCAGCCCAGAGCCGGCAGCCGUGAGCCGCGGGAGCGGCUCGGAGCCUGGUGCGCACGGUGGCACCGAGGCGGGGACCUCUGGCCGCAAGUCCGAGCCGCCCUCAGCGCUGGUGGGGGCCGGCCACGUGGCGCCCGUGUCGCCCUACAAACCUGGCCACUCAGUGUUCCCACUGCCGCCCUCCAGCAUUGGCUACCAUGGCUCCAUCGUGGGCGCCUACGCCGGCUACCCGUCUCAGUUCGUGCCUGGCCUGGAUCCCAGCAAGUCGGGCCUCGUAGGAGGCCAGCUGUCGGGGGGCCUGGGUCUGCCCCCUGGCAAGCCCCCCAGCUCCAGCCCACUCACCGGGGCCUCCCCGCCCUCCUUCCUGCAGGGAUUGUGCCGCGACCCCUACUGCCUAGGAGGUUAUCACAGCGCCUCGCACCUGGGAGGCUCCAGCUGCACCACCUGCAGCGCGCACGACCCUGCCGGGCCCAGCUUGAAGGCUGGGGGCUACCCGCUGGUGUACCCCGGGCACCCACUGCAGCCCGCCGCGCUGUCCUCCAGCGCCGCCCAGGCCGCGCUCCCAGGCCACCCGCUCUACACCUACGGCUUCAUGCUGCAGAACGAACCGCUGCCGCACAGCUGCAACUGGGUGGCGGCCAGCGGGCCAUGCGACAAGCGCUUCGCCACCUCCGAGGAGCUGCUCAGCCACCUGCGGACUCACACGGCCCUGCCGGGCGCUGAGAAACUUCUGGCCGCCUACCCCGGGGCCUCGGGCCUGGGCAGCGCCGCAGCCGCUGCCUGCCACCUGCACCUCCCCCCGCCCGCCGCCCCAGGCAGCCCGGGGUCGCUGUCGUUGCGGAGUCCACAUACUUUGGGGCUAAGCCGGUACCACCCCUAUGGCAAGAGCCACUUGUCCACAGCCGGGGGCCUGGCCGUGCCGUCGCUCCCUACAGCCGGACCCUACUACUCACCAUAUGCGCUGUACGGACAGAGACUAGCCUCAGCCUCGGCGCUCGGAUACCAGUAACCACAGCUCCGCGCCCCACCCAGCUCUUCCCAUCCCCUCCUCCCCGCCCUGCCUCCACCGCCGCUGCUGCAGCCUCCACUACUGCUUCUCCCCGCCGGGACUUGCCCCUCCCCUCCGGACUGUGUAUUUAUUUACUAUGAUGUUAGCUUACAAGCUGGGAAUAUAAGUGCAUUAACGGCCCACACGAGUCAAUGGUAUGCAAAAAGUCUGUUCCCCCAAUAAUAAUAUUAACCACACAGAUAACUACUCUGCCCCCCCUUCUUUUAUUUUUUUUUCUUUUCCUUAGGUAUAAGUUUUAAACUUUUAUGAUUUGAUUUUUGGGGAGAAGAGGGAGCAUUGGAGUGCUUAGGUUUUGUUUUCCUGUCCUGAGGAAUUUCUUGCAUGAAUUUUAACCAUUCAAACUACAUUUCCCUCUUUUCCCUUUCAUCCCUUCUUGUUUCCUUCAAUUUAAGGUUCUGGGAUUUUUGUUUUUCCUUUUGUACAAGUAGCAGGGAGGAAUUCUGGGUAACAGUUUGUGGGCUGAGGGAACAAACCUAGUGGCUGGCAGCCUUGAGCUCUGUAGACCCCAGAGGCAGCCGGCACCUGGCCCUGGGCCUUGGUCCAGGCCCUGGGCCCCUCUGUCACAGCCCCCACCAACUUUGCUCUGAACCCAAGGUCCCUGACCUAUAACAGGCUCCCCAUAGCGGGUUCAGCGGCCUGGGGCCAGCCGUGCAUACACCCAGUAGCACUCCCCAUGGUGGCGGCUUGUAGCUCCUGUGCUGGAAGGCCCCACUGGCCUGCAACUCUGCUCCUUCUAUUUUGUGAAGUGCUUUACUGCAUUGUUUCCUCCGCUCCCUCCUGGGGCUGUGACCCCACCCUGGUGUCAGGGACAGGAUCCUUGCUGGAUCCUGGCUAAGCAGACCUCUGUUGCCAGGUCACCUACUCCUGGGGCGGAAGGUCGGGGACUCAGGGAGCACUGGGCCCAAAGCCACCCCACACCCCCUUCCAGGUGUGACCCAGCAGUCCCCAGAGUUGGCCUUGGCAGGAUGGCAGACCCUGGCCCUGGGUCUCCUCCUACCUCCCCUUCCCUCUCGGUCUAUGCAGCAGCAGCAGCAGCAGCAGCAGCAGCAGCAGCGGCCGGGCUUUGGGCCUGUUUGGGGUGAAUAGAACGCUCCCUUGGUAAGACUUAUUUUGUUAAUAAAUGGAAUACUUGGCUAUAUUCA